AUGGUGGAAGUCGGUUACAAGUAUCGGUUCUUUAGCCAAGAUGCUGAAAUUGCUGCGCGGGUUUUGGGGAUUUAUGCCCAUAUGGAUCAUAAUUUCUUGACUGCUAGUGUGCCCACUUUCCAGUUGAAUGUCCACGUUAAAAGGCUAGUGAGCGCAGGGUACAAGGUCGGCGUGGAGAGGUCUGUGGGGAAUGGGGGAGAAGAAAUUGAAGGGGUUCAUCAAAAACUUUUCUCCUUUCGUGCUUAUCCUGAAGCUGUACAUUUCGAUUGGUCUUCUGGAUGUAUACUGAGAGUAAAUCUUUAG